AACCACCAUCUACGCGGAGUCAAGAUGGACGACGAAGACACCAAAGCUGAAUUACCCAUUCACCUCAUCCUUGGGGCAGGUGAUUAUUCUAGAAUCAAAACCACCACCAAACCUAAAUUGGAUCAGCCUGGCCAACCAACUGCCGAGCUCACCUUCUUGGGUUGGACAAUAAUGUCAGCUGGAGAGGAAGUCGAUUUCUCAAAUGUUUAUCUUACCAAAUCGUCUGCUGCAGACUAUGAAGAGCUGUGUUCCCUGGAUGUUUUGGGUCUCAAGGACCACCUGGAACAGGAUCAGUUUGUGUAGAAGGAAUUCCAAGAGCAAUUAACACAGAGUGAUGAGGGAUGGUAUGAAGCUCGUUUGUUGUGGAAGCCUGGUCAUGAGCCAUUGCCAAGCAAUGAAAGAAACAGUUUAGGACGGUUGUCAGGGUUAUUGAAAAAGCUUCGAAGAGAUCAGAGUUGCUGACUCAAUAUGACAACAUUAUUUGUGACCAUCUGAAUAAGGUAUUGUGGAGAAAGUCGCUAACGACCCGGUAGGAAAGGAAUUCUAUCUACCUCACCGACCAGUAAUCCGAAAGUCUGCUGAGUCCACCAAGGUGCGAAUCGUGUAUGAUGCGUCUUCCACGGAAAGUCCAUCGUUAAAUGACUGUUUGGAGACGGGCCCACCAUUGCAAAAUCUUUUAUGGGACGUUCUCGUGAGGAAUCGUAUGAAACCAGUGGCAUUGAGUGGGGACCUUAAGCAAGCCUUUCUUCAAGUUCGAGUACGUGCCCAAGAUAGAGGAGAUUCACUAAGAUUCCAUUGGAUCAAGGACAAGGACUUGUCAACUGUUGAAGUCUUAAGAUUCACUCGAGCACUUUUUGGCCUUGUUCAGUCACCGUUCUUGCUGGGAGGGACUAUUCAAUGUCUCUUGGAGAGCAUGCGUCAAAAGUACCCUACAGAAGUUGCGGAAAUCAAGAAAAGCCUCUACGUAGAUGUCAUUAGUGGGGGAGAAACUACAGAAGCAGUCCAUAGUUUGAAAGCAAAGGCAGUGGAAAUUUUCGAGCGAGGGAAGUUCACUUUACACAAGUGGCACUCUAACAAACCAGAUCUGGAAGGGGGGAGCCAGCCCUCAGAAGUUAGUCAAAGUUAUGCCAAGGAACAGCUUGGUGUCAAACCCGGUGAAACAAAACUGUUAGGACUCCCCUGGAAUAAAGCAAAGGACACGAUCGCAACAGUCUUUCCAAACAACAUGCCUGUCACAACCAAAAGGGAAAUGCUGCGAUUUCUGGCUUCCAUCUACGAUCCUCUUGGCAUAGUUUCUCCCAUAUCGCUUGUUGGUAAACUCAUCUACCAUGAUGUAUGUGAUCAACGUUGGCCUUGGGAUGCAGAGUUGUUGCCCCAGAUAUCUAACCGUUGGAGAAAAUUAGAGAAUGCCCUACCCGAAAAGGUUGAAGUACCACGCAGCAUUGCCGUCUUUGAAGAGCCGAUUGAAGCAGUCCAUCUUCACGCGUUUGGUGACACCAGUUCAGAAG